CGCGUUGGGCUGCUCGCUUGCUGAGCUUGGACGAGACGACUCUGAAGGCCAAACAUUGUGCUGUGGUUCCGAGGUGUUGUUGUAGCUAUUGAUCUUUAGGUUGGUCUAAAAAAAACAGCCACACAUUGAUGUAACCAAAUGCCAGUUAAAAAGAUGUCCUUACUGGGGGAACCCACAGAGGACCAGGCUGAAUUUCAGAGACAGUCUUGCUCAUAUAAAAACUUGUCUGAUCGCUUUCGAGUAAAAAAUCGAAGUUUCAGUCGUCAGUAUGCUCACUUGUAUGCUGAAAGGUUACUGUCAAUGAGACCGAUGUUGACGAGAGCAGCUAAAAAGAAAUGGGGUGAUGCUAUUCGGUUGAAGAAGCUCUGUGAUUUGAAACUGGGAGAGAAGUGUUGUGUUAUUGGAACUUUAUUUAAACACAUGAAUUUAAAGCCAAGUAUACUGAAGGAAAUCAGUGAAGAGAUAAAUUUGAUGCCGCAACCCGUAAAAUCAAAGUAUACAGAUGAAUCAGAUGUCCUUAUAUUAGAAGAUGAAUUACAAAGAAUAACCUUGGUUGGAAAGUUAGAUGUACACACUGCAGUUACAGGGAUAAUUGUUGCUGUUUAUGGAUGUGAAAAAGAUGGCGGACUCUUUCAAGUGGAUGAUUUUUGUUACGCAGAAUUGCCAGAACAAGUAAAACCAUCAUUGUCGAAGGAUGACAAGUUUGUUGCCUUGGUAUCUGGCCUAGGUAUCGGACAAGAAGGCCAUCAUCUUAUGGGACUGCAGAUGUUUGUGGACACGAUAACUGGACAGCUUGGUGGUGUGGACGACCAAGAAUUGAAUUCUAAUAUUGUACGUGUUAUAAUUGCUGGUAAUUCACUGAGUAGAAAAAUGCAGGACAAGGACGCACUCACUACAGCCAGAUACUUGACGAAGAAGAGUCAGCCAGGCAGUGUUGAAGGGGUCAAGAGAUUGGAUGAUAUUCUCACAGAACUUGCAAGUUGCCUGCCAGUGGACAUUAUGCCUGGUGAAUAUGAUCCCGCUAAUUACACAAUGCCACAACAGCCAUUCCCUCGAUGUAUGUUUCCACAGAGCCGAUGCUAUCCAACAUUAGAACCUGUCACUAAUCCAUAUGAUGUUGAAAUUGCAGGCAUCAGGUUUCUCGGCACAUCCGGUCAAAAUAUUCACGAUAUAUAUCAGUUCAGUGCAAUGGAGGAUAAGCUAGAGAUUUUAGAAAAGACAUUACUGACUUGUCAUAUAGCUCCCACAGCACCGGAUACACUUGGUUGUUAUCCGUUUUAUGAAAAGGACCCUUUUAUUAUUACACAAUGUCCACAUAUCUACUUUGCUGGCAAUCAAUCGGAGUUUAAAACAAAAACCGUGGACCUAAUCACUGGACAAAAGGUAUUAUUAGUGACAAUUCCCAAGUUCUCAGAGUCCUACACAUGUGUAUUGGUAAAUCUACGCACACUGGAAUGUCAACCAAUGAAGUUUGCAAGUCACCUCACGCCGCCAUCAAAUGGUUUCCAUACCGACGACGAAAUGGAUGAAAGUUAGAAAUUCUAUCACCGAGCAAGAUUUACAUUGUAUUGAAAUUUAAUGGUUUAUACUCAUUCUAGCCCUCCAUCAUAGAAUCAAUAAUUCUGUUUAAUUAAUUUAAUCUCUACUGCACAGAGUAAUCAUGUUUUCUUUUAAAAAAAAACAAAAAAACAAUCAAAUAUCAUGAAAUUAGCUUUUUAAUUUGAUGUUGGGCCAAGAGGACUUGCUCACCUACUGUUAAGAGGUCUGUAGUCAAAUUAAAGAUUUCUGAAGCACCUCAUACCA